AAGAAAAAACUAAUGGUGGACCGUGGAAUGAUAAACAUCCUUAACAGCUUUUGAGCCUUUUGUAUUUCUUUAUUCUUUACACAGAAGACAGAACUGAAAAUUCAAUCAACAAUUAUCACUCGCUACUUUUUAAUCCACAAAAAGAUCUUUCAAGAACACUUAACACUACUAUGUACAGUACCUAAUACCCACCAAAAUCAAACUCUUAAAACUUUCUCAAUGCUUGUUCAAGAACUCUCACAUGGCAACACUUAAUCAGUCUACUUGCUUUCUCUCUCUUUCUUCUCAUAAGCUUUUCUUAAAUCAAGAAGAAUGCAAGAUUGUCUCCAAUACCCAUCACUACCGACCUCGAAAAGAUUUCAACUUUUGUAUCUGUUCUGCCAAGAAAUCCAGGGGAGGGAGAAAGGUAAAGAGCAAUGUAGAGCUUUGCAAUGACAUCAGAGAGUUUGUAUCAGCUGUUGGACUUCCACAGGGUCAUGUUCCCUCAAUGAAGGAGCUUUCUGAUCAUGGAAGGAAUGAUCUUGCACAUAUUGUGAGGCGGAGAGGAUAUAAAUUAAUAAGAGAACUGCUUUCGAACUCUGUCGAAUCAGAACUUGGUGGGUCCAAUAUAAAGAAAAGCGUUGAUGAAGUAAAGGACACAAUCACUGAUAGCAUAUAUAUAUCAGAAGAGGGUCAGGAUGGGAAGGUGGAAGAUGUUAUUGAAGAGAGUGCUUUGUCUACUGAAGUCCUCAUCAAGGAUCAUUCUGACAGUGCCAGCAUAAAUCCUGAAUGCAAUUCCAGUGUCAACAAUUGCAUGCCCAUAGAAUCAUCACUUGAUGUGUCACUAAACGAGGUUAAAAGCAUGGACAACAUCAAUACCUCUUCAACACCCUCAUUCAAUAUAGAAAAACAGGAUCAGGGGGUUCAACUUGGUGCUGAAGACAUUGCCUUGCCAGCACCCUCUGAUUUUGUAGAACCACAAGAUAGGGAGGUCUUAAACAUGGCUGAAGUCAAUCCCUUGCCAACUGAAGUUUUAAUUACGGAUAAUUCUCAUGGUAGUUUGAAUGGGUAUUCUGGUCCCAAUUCUAAUACCAAAACCUGUUCGCCUGUAAAAGCUUUAGAUAAUGCCUCAUUAGAGGAAAAGGCCUUAAACAUAGCAAUAGAUCAGGAUGAGAAGGUCAAUAGUAUGGCUGAAGUCAUUUCAUUGAGGAGUGAAGUAUCAAACUUGGAAUAUCCUGCCAAUGAUGGUAGCAUGGUUCUUGGUCUCAACUACAGCAAUCGUAAUAGCAUGCCUGUGGAUCCCGCAGCCAAUUCAUUAUUGGAGGAUAAGGUGGCAAAGUUUAUUCAGAGUGGUGACUUGGACGCCAUCGAGGAUAAUGUCUAUGCCAUAUUAGAUGAGACUGCUGAAGAAAGCAAGGGAUCUAGUGAACCAGAGAAUGAGACUGAGAUUCAGUCAGAAACCCCUACUUCAGAAAAUGAUAAACAUGCUGAUAAUGGAAGUAAUGCUCCUUUGGCAUUGAAUGGGAGUAUAUCAAUAUCCAAGGAUGUCAGCCCUCCUAUGAGGGCAAACCACCCUGUUAGGAAUGAUGAGUUGCCAGCUGAAGGUCUAGCCAGUUUUAAUGUUGACAAGGAUUUGGAUGUAGAGAUAAGCAAAAGAGAGAAUCAUGUUGAGAUUAAUCAUCUCAAAUUCAUGCUGCAUCAAAAAGAGUUGGAACUGUCACAUUUGAAGGAACAAAUUGAGAAGGAAAAAAUUGCUUUAUCUGAUUUACAAAACAAGGCUGAAAUGGAGAUUAAGAAAGCCCAAAAACUUAUUUCAGAAAAAGAUGCUGAACUGCUUGCUGCUGAAGAAAGCCUUUCUGGAUUAAUGGAGGUUAAGAUCCAAUACAAUGGGGAUGGUGAAAUUGUGGAAGUGGCAGGCAGCUUCAAUGGUUGGCAUCAUCGAAUUAAAAUGGAUCCUCAGCCAUCUUCUAGUGUCAGAGAUCCUGCUGCAUCAAGGAAAUCUAAACUUUGGUCGAUUAUGCUGUGGCUAUAUCCUGGUGUCUAUGAGAUAAAAUUCAUUGUUGAUGGCCACUGGACGAUUGAUCCUCAAGGAGAGAUGGUUACCAGGGGAGGAAUUUGUAACAAUGUUCUCCGAGUUAUUGGAUGAAUGUAUAUUGCACCUUUCUUCAUGCUUGGAAGACAAUCUAGUCUUUUAUCAAAUCUUAAGCGUCAAAUGCCAAUAAAUCAGUUCAAGUGUCGGUACCAUCAGCCGGGAGAAAGGCAUUAAACUGCAGAGCCCGUAUACAAAAUAGAAGAAAUAAGCAUGCAAGAUUUUGUACAUUCUGGAAUAAUGUUCAUACUAUGCUAAUGGUCUUAGCCUUGCAGUGUAUAAAGUUUUAUACCGGCAGCUCAGCAUCUAUUGCUACAAAAACCUUGGGCAGCUGCAAAACAAUAUCUGGGGCUUGCUAUGGAGAGAGAUUAAAAGUUGAUGCACUGCACAAGUUACCAUGUAUUCGGUGCUAGAAAGCCUGGACUAGGUGGAGUUAAAUGUAGGAAUUUUUGGAAAGUCUCCUAGUUACAAUUAGAUUUGCUGAAUUAAGUAAAAGAGCAGUUCUUGUCUAGUUGAUACUGAUGUACAUUUAGAAUUUAGCAAGAACCGGUUUAGUGGAGAUUUGGAGUAGAGGACCAUCUUUGGAAUUCUUGAUCUGAUUUUUUGCCCUUCUGUAACUUUUCCUUUCCUACUACUUUUCUGUUUUCAAGUAGAUUAUCAUGCUGAUGGAAGAAUCAUGUGUAGCUCUUAACUAGUGUUGUAAUAUAAAAGUGCCUUUAUAGCUAGAAAAUUCAGAUAUUCCAUUUCGGCUAAA